ACUGCUGGGAAAUCACAUGGGUCGUGGCUGGUGUUGCGAAAUGUAGCAACUCCGCCUGGCGUGUGUGUGUGAGUGUGAGAGAGAGAGAGAGAGUGAGAGUUGGUCAGUGUGUGUGAGGCUCCUUCAAACGCAGGUAUUCCCCGCAGCCCUAUGCAGUACCCAGUCUUGUGCGGACUGCCCCUGAUAAGGCACGGUACCCGGACACACGAAUUACCCCCUACAUCUGCUCCUUAUGAAGAAACAGGCGGCACGCUGCAAAUGCAAGGCACUCUGCAUCUUGUGUCUUGUGUUGCUGCUGCCUCUGGCCACGCCUCUGACGACAACUUCGUCAUUGUGUGAAUUAUUGGAACCCUCCAAAGAGUUAACUGUCAGGCUCCAAAGAUGGAUCAAGAAACUGAACGAUAAUCUUCUACCAAGUAUUGUACAGUAUGAUUUUUUAACAGAUACAGAAGCUAAAAACCUGCAGACUGACUGCUGUUUCAUUGACAUCACUGCUCAACAGCUGAUUAACGCCUUUGACCACCUUCGGCAAUACUUUAGAGAAAACGCAACUAAUUAUCAUGUUGUCAAUAAUAUAACAACUUGGCUAACAAGUAUUCGGAAUGUUUACCAGUGCGCUAAUGAGACGUGCAGGAAGACAAAACCAAGGAUAGUUACUGGAUGUACAAGAGACCUGUUUGCAUACAGUGAAGCAUAUGUUUCCCAUUAUGGCACUAUAAUUGAUCGCUGCGAAAAACAGCACACCAAUGAUUCCAGUUUCCCAAGAGAUCUCAACACUUCCCUGGAGUUGAACUCCUGCGGGGUCUUCCCUAACGGUGUUGCGGCCACGGACAGUUUCGCCGCCAAAGUUUGCUCGCAAUAUUUGCCCGCUACCAGCCGGCCUCCGCCUCUCACUGCCCCGGCGGCUCCUAGACGGACUACGACGACCAACGAGCUGGGCACCGCGGCGGAGGUGACGGCCACCCUGGUCAACGCGCUGAAGGGGGAUAAAAUCGGGGGAACCAAGAAGACACUGAUCGUCGAUCCAGCCCAUCGCCAGGACAACGUGUCGCAGGCAGCAAGUACUCACAGCGGGCCUACAACUGAAGCCCAAUCUAUGACCAGCACUGCAGUAUACCCAUCGCUAACUGGCAGCGCUCCCAGUGCCUUCACAGCAAAGCAUGAAAGUGGAGACCAGGGCAAGACGAUGGACAAUAAUAUGCCUAUAUUCGAUGUAUGCAUCGCAUUAUUUGUCGGGAUAAUCCUUGUAUCCGUCUGCAUCUUCCAAAUCUGGAAGAAAGUGAAUCAGAGGAUGGCCCACAGAGUCUACCACGCUCCAGGUCUUGAUCCAGACAACAGCAACAGCUCUCUGGACGAUCUCCAUUACGAACUGUAAAGGAACACAGAGUGAUACUAAGGAAUUCGGAAGUAUUUGGCUUCUAUGAAGCAGUCGGUUUGCAGUUUUUCCCCCAAGCUAUUGAUGGAUGUUCCAUGAGUUCCCCUGGGAUAAGCUUUUCUUCCUGAAUUCCGUGCAGGCUACGAACCCUCUCCUCCUUGCCUCGACCCAGAUAGUUACAGAACUGAAGCACAAGCAAACGAGGAUCCAGCCAUUUCUUUACCCACCCGACGUGUGAAACUGGGACGCACAGAGAAGGCUCCUCUUCUUCGCAAGAAACCUCGACUCAAAACCUUGCACUGUUCAUCCGAUGGUCUGGGCUUAAACGGACUUUCGGAUCCAGAUUGGUAUCUGCAGAACGAUUGGACUCUGAGUGCGAGUUAUCUUUUCACGUUAAGAAACAAGUUGUUUUUAACAUGUGGGAUGCAGUCCAAAGCAAGAGUUGGCGGAGAUAGGGACUUCACCAAGUCACAAAUUAUUGAGCAUGCCAUGAUAGUAUAUAUCUUCACAAUGCCAUAUCACUUUCCUACCACUAAUUCCCAGUCACCUAGUCAUUCCUAACUAACAGCAAACCCGGAGCAUUCAAUGGGACGUUGUAGAGCUGGCCAAAAAUGUCCUCGUGCUUAAUUAGAGGCUAUAGAAUCAAUGUUACUGCACCUCUAUUAUAAGUAUCUACCACUAGUAGAAUUAAGUUGUGAAGGCGAGUAUUUUAAAACUCUGCUUUUACGCACUUUUGUGCCUGUGUAUGACUAUGAACAGUUAAACAACCUUGCCGCUGUGAUGUGAAGUGUGAAUUCUAGGCUUUCCUUAAUUAUUUUUUUUAAGUAAUUUUAAUAAAGUUGCCAAGAUGUUCUGUCCAAAAGAGGUACAUGCUCGCUGAUUUGAGAUGGGAAUUGUUCCCAACGCCAUGGGAUAUGAACAAAAACAAAGAUGUUUGCACAGGUCCAUGGAUAGGACAGGUUUAGAGGGAUAUGGGGCAAACGCGGGCAGGUGGGACUAGCGUAGGUGAGGCAUCUUGGUCGGCAUGGGAACGUUGGGCCGAAGGGCCUGUUAACCGUGCUGAACGACUCUAAAAAGAGAAACGUGU